AUGCAACCGACGACAAUGCUUCCGAAGUUAUCAGAUACAACUCAAACUAUAUCAUUCUCGGAGGGCGAUGGAGUGUGCAGCUCAGAGGUGUAUGCAUCAGAUGUUAUUGUCACUACUAAUGCUGGCAGCCACAAUCAUGGGAGCUCAAAAGUUAAACUUAAAAAUCUUGUUGACUACAAUUGGGAGCCCAAGUUUUACCCUGGUCAGCUGCUAGCAGUACAUAUAAGUGGCAAAUAUUUGGCUUAUUCAAUAAAAGCACCCAAUCCAGCUAAUCCUGGCACUUGGAAUGGUAUGGUGCGUGUGGUUUAUAAUCCUGAACCUGGUACAGACAGGCGCACUCUUAUAAAAGGCAUGAAGGGAGAGGUUCAAGACCUGGCUUUCGCCCACAUUCAAAAUCAAGUGGUACUGGCGUGUAUCGACGAACUGGGAAAUUUCUAUGUUCAUGAAAUAGAGUCCACUGAAAACGGUCUCAAUGUCAAGUUGGUGCUAGAAGUACGGGAGGACACUGGGAUUGAUGGGACUACACACCGUGUUGUGUGGUGCCCAUACAUACCUGAUGAAGAUGAUGACGCUCCUGAUGAUGAUGUGGCUAGACUGUUGCUCACUACCCAUGGAAAUGUUGCGCGCAUGUGGAACGUGCGCGCGGUGUGCGCGGGCGCGGGGGGCGGCGCGGUGGGCGCGGCGGGCGCGCUGGCGGGGCGCGGCGCGCGCGCGGCCGGCGAGCACGCGGCGCCCGUGCUGGCGGCCGCCUUCUCGCCCGACGGCACCGCGCUCGCCACCGCCGCCGCGGACGGCUACGUCAUGUUCUUCCAGGUACGUACUCUGUGGCGCCCUCGCGGCGCGAGCACGCGGCGCCCGUGCUGGCGGCCGCCUUCUCGCCCGACGGCACCGCGCUCGCCACCGCCGCCGCGGACGGCUACGUCAUGUUCUUCCAGGUACGUACUCUGUGGCGCCCUCGCGGCGCGAGCACGCGGCGCCCGUGCUGGCGGCCGCCUUCUCGCCCGACGGCACCGCGCUCGCCACCGCCGCCGCGGACGGCUACGUCAUGUUCUUCCAGGUACGUACUCUGUGGCGCCCUCGCGGCGCGAGCACGCGGCGCCCGUGCUGGCGGCCGCCUUCUCGCCCGACGGCACCGCGCUCGCCACCGCCGCCGCGGACGGCUACGUCAUGUUCUUCCAGGUACGUACUCUGUGGCGCCCUCGCGGCGCGAGCACGCGGCGCCCGUGCUGGCGGCCGCCUUCUCGCCCGACGGCACCGCGCUCGCCACCGCCGCCGCGGACGGCUACGUCAUGUUCUUCCAGGUACGUACUCUGUGGCGCCCUCGCGGCGCGAGCACGCGGCGCCCGUGCUGGCGGCCGCCUUCUCGCCCGACGGCACCGCGCUCGCCACCGCCGCCGCGGACGGCUACGUCAUGUUCUUCCAGGUACGUACUCUGUGGCGCCCUCGCGGCGCGAGCACGCGGCGCCCGUGCUGGCGGCCGCCUUCUCGCCCGACGGCACCGCGCUCGCCACCGCCGCCGCGGACGGCUACGUCAUGUUCUUCCAGGUACGUACUCUGUGGCGCCCUCGCGGCGCGAGCACGCGGCGCCCGUGCUGGCGGCCGCCUUCUCGCCCGACGGCACCGCGCUCGCCACCGCCGCCGCGGACGGCUACGUCAUGUUCUUCCAGGUACGUACUCUGUGGCGCCCUCGCGGCGCGAGCACGCGGCGCCCGUGCUGGUGGCCGCUUUUAA